AUCAGGCGAUGCGAGAGUUGGAAAAAGUGCUGAUGCUGCUCCUGGGCUGCGCAGUUCAGUGCGAGGACAAGGAAGAAUUUAUUGGACGAAUCCAGAUGCUGGACUUGGACACACAGGCGUCAGUGGCCAACCAUAUCCAGGAGAUAACCCAGAACCAGCAGAACAUGGUGGCAGUUCACUGCACAGACCUCUCCUCCAGCUCGCUGGAGGAACUGCACCUCCUCUUCGGAAACAUGGCCCAGCAUCUUAAGGACCUCGUCAAUCAGAGGGAUGAGAAUAUGGAG